AUGAUUACAUUAGACCAUGAUCAUGAUGAUUCGACCAAUGUUAUCAUACAUAAAGUACCAAAGACCAAAGGGGGUUGGACACAUAUUGAAGAUCUUGACUCUUUUUUCACAAGAAUGUACAAAUAUUAUGUCCGUGGAGGUUUUUAUCCAAUGAUAAUGUCAGAUCUGUUCUAUUUGCUGCAAUUUAUAUUCAUUGUUUGGUUCUCGACAUUUCUAGUACAUUGUGUAGAUUAUCAAAAGUUGUUUAGAAAUGAUGCAAACGCAAAUCGGAGUGAGAAAUUGAGUCUUAAUGAUGUAAUAUACCCUGAAUGUGUAACUAGGAUAUCAUGGAGAUGGUGGUGUGUUGUAGCAUUAUGUGCAGUUAUUUGGACCUUCAGAUUUUUCUUAUCAAUGUACCACUUAUAUUAUGCCUAUGAUACAAAAUUAUUCUAUAAUAGUGCUUUAAAAAUUAAUGAGAAUGACUUAGCGUGGAUAAAUUGGUCUACAGUUCAAGACAGAGUGAGAGAAGCGCAGCCUGAGCAUCAUAUGUGUGUCCACAAACAAGAGAUCAACGAAUUAGAUAUUUAUCAUAGAAUACUCAGGUUUAAUAAUUACAUGGUUGCGAUGGUUAACAAGAAUUUAUUGCCUCUGCAAAUUCAUGUGCCUUGUGUGGGUGAUUUUCAUUACCUUUCCAAAGGCUUGAAAUGGAAUUUGGAAUUCCUUUUGUUUUCUAGUCCAUGGAGUCCAUGGGAAAACUGUUGGCAACUUCGUGAAUGUUACAAAGAUCAUUCAAAACGAAUGAUACUCGCUAGACAACUGGAGAAACAAAUAUUAAUAUUGGCUAUUUUUAACCUCUUGCUGGCGCCUCUUAUACAAGGCUGGCAGAUUCUGUAUUUCUUCUUUAACUAUGCAGAGUUGAUAAAGCGUUCGCCCGCUUCCCUCGGACUGCGCACGUGGUCCCUCUACGCCCGCGUGACCUUGAGACAUUUCAACGAGCUGGAGCACGAACUCCGCGACAGGCUUAACCGCGCCCAUAAGCCGGCCACGAAGUACCUGGCGAGCUUCUCGUCGCCCAUCACCACCGUUAUAGCGAAAAAUAUCGUAUUCCUGUCGGCAAGUGUGCUUGGAGUGCUGGUGGUGCUGUCGGUGUAUGAUGAAGACGUUCUGACCGUUGAACACGUGCUCACCAUCAUUACCAUACUAGGAUGCGUGUUGGCCGGAGCCAGGGCCCUGAUCGGCGAGGAGGAGCGGCUGGGCGGCGGCUGCACUGGGCCGGCGCGUGGCGAGGAGUUGUUCGUUCAGGUGUUGGGCCACGUGCACUACCUGCCGGCCGCAUGGCGCGGGCGGGCCCACACCAAGGACGUCGCCGCCCACUUCCAACAGCUGUUCCAGUUCAGAGCGGUGUACAUACUCUUCGAGCUGCUCAGCCCACUGCUCUGCCCGCUGGUGUUGUUCUCUCUCCGGUCCCGUGCUCUCGACAUUGUUGAUUUCUAUCGCAACUUCACCGUAAGCGUGCUGGGCAUCGGAGACGUCUGCUCCUUCGCACAGCUCGACAUACGGCGGCACGGCCACCCUGAUUGGCAGGCGGUUGCUAAAUACGGCGAUAAACCAACCGGUGGCAACACUCAGUACAAUCAGGGGGAGGGUGGCAAGACCGAGCUGUCGCUGGUCGCGUUCUCUUGCCGCCACCCCACCUGGCAACCCACGGAGCCCGCUCAAAGGCAGUUUUUGCGGUCAUUGCGCCAGAGCAUGCACCAUGCGUUGCCGGCCACAAACACACUAAACAAAACUAUGCUCGGCUCCUAUAUCCAGCAGAGUAUUUUCGGCACCAACACGCCUCUGCCCGCAGUGCUCUCCUAUUACCAGCAACAGAAACCACCCUACCGUUUGCCCGACAUGGACGAGACGAGCGAUGAGGAUGAGUGCCCCUCGGGGGCCGCUUCCCGCUCUGGCGGCGCGGGCCUGUCGGGGCUCUUCGGGCCGCGGGACUUCGCCCCCGCGCCGGGAGCGCCCGCCACGCCGGACGAAGCGCGCGACAUGUCCGUCAGCGCGCUACACCUGUAUGACCUGCACCUGUCGCAGGCCGGCCAAAGCGUGUCCGCUUGCUGCACGAACAACUGCAGCGAGCGCAACAGAAGCAGCCGCUGGGCCAGUGGGGAGGAGACCCCGUUGCUGCACCGCCCC